GGAAAUAUUUAUUAUUUAUUUAUUUAUUAUGUAUCCUAUCCAUCAAUCCGCACUGGACCCGAGUGGUGGGUCAUGCAGGGCAUAGCCCAAGCCCCCAAUUCCGUUAAACUAUUAACAAAACUUUUAACCAAGUCCACAGUGAUCGCCGUCAGUGGUCUACCUAACUGUCUUGCUAGAUGUGACCAUGUUGUAACGGAAAAUGGUAUGGUCUUAAGGGCCAUGUCGAAUUUCUUCUAGUAUUUCUUAGGCUGCAAGGCAGCGCCACAUCUUCGCAUUAUAGGUAACCCACAAUGUCAAACGAAUACCUUUAAACAAGUAUUAAACAAUUCAAGAAAUCAUGCCAGAAUCGACAUCAAUAACGUACAACACAAAUGCAAGACACGCAAUGAUAUUAUAAUCCGACGUUAUCCAAUCCUACGAUACCCCUAAUUUCGAUGAGUGUCCAAACCUUGUCGCAACACUACUGAGAAAAUUGCAGCCGUAGCUACAGACCGGCUGCACAACCAGCGGCAAAGUCACAACAAGGCAUACCGGUAAAGCCGGCAGUAUGUGUGGAAUGUACCGUAGAUGUAAAGUGAGGAUGUUAAUUUUCCUUACUAGCCUACCCAAUGUUGUGAGGUUUCGGUAAAUGUCUGACUGAGUCUUUAAAAAUAUUAAGGGUUUCAUUCUUCUAUAAAUUUUCAACUAAGGGUGAUUAAUGCUGAUGAUUUUCUUGCAUUCGUUCUUCUGAUCAGCUUUGACAAGAACUCACGAAGCGGUUUUAUCACGCACCCGCCGUGGGCGUCCGCAGAACCAGCAGAACUAUUUUAUUUCAAAACUUACGAGACUGCAGUUUUCUGCGAUCCCGCAACCAUCGAAGCUAGCCGCGUCUUUGGGUGAUCGUCUCCCGCGUGCGAACACAGCGGGUGCGCAAACACCGGCUGCACCCACGCGCUCUAAGGCCGCAAAUCGCGCCCCAAGUUUUGCUUUGGCGUUUGCAGCUCCGGCGGACGCGGAAGAAAAUAGUGCCUUCUUCAAAUAGCUCCAAAUGAGCAGAAAGCCUUCCAUUGCAAAGUAGUAUGUUUUAUACAACUACACAACUUUAAAGAGGCUCUAGCUAUCUUGUGUAACCCAAAAAAUGCAGCACUAGCUGCCGAUUUGCAUUUUGAAAAGGCUUACACUCAGUAUCGGCUUAACUGUCCAAAAGAUGCUUUGCAGACAGUUGAUAAUGCACCAGAGAUGACACCAGCUUUGAAAGAACUAAGGGCUCAAAUUUUAUACCGCUUAGAACAAUAUCAAGAAUGCUACAAUUUGUAUCGUGACCUAGUCAAAAAUACAACAGAUGACUAUGAGGAUGAGAGGAAAACCAACAUGGCCGCUGUUGUGGCUAAUCUUGCUACAUUAAAUCCAUCCACAGAGCUGCCACAGUUUGAUGAAACCACCUAUGAGCUAGCUUAUAACAGUGGCAGUACAUUGGCUAUGCGUGGCAAGCACAAUGAAGCACUGCCUGUAUUGAAACGAGCUGAACAAGCUUGUUCUGAAAGUGUGCUUGAUGAUGGAGGCACUGACGAAGAAGCUAAGGAAGAAGCUGCUAUUAUAAGGGUGCAGCAAGCUUAUUGUCUUCAGAUGAUGGGCAAAGAGAAAGAAGCUGCUGCUAUAUACCAGAAUGUUCUAAAGGACAAACCUUCAGACCAAGCAUUAGUUGCAAUUGCUAGCAAUAAUUUGGUAGUUAUAAACAGGGACGGCAAUGUAUUUGAUUCCCGAAAACGUAUGAAAGCUGCCACUGCAGAUGGUCUUGAGCAUAAACUGAACUCGCGUCAACGCAGCGCUAUAACUUAUAAUCAAGCUAUUCUGUGUAUAUAUUCCAAUCAGCCAGACUUCUGUAAGCAAUGUUGCGUAAAACUCGUCCGUGACUUUCCGGGACAAGAGAGUCGCGCGGCGUUGGUAGAAGCUAGUUCGCUCGCCAAGGAAGGAAAGCGAUCCCAAGCAGUCUCUCUGUUACUGAAGCAUGGGGGAACUUUAACACUGGCAGCGGUGCAAGUGUUGCUUUCCCAGGGUGACCGUAAGGGUGCAGUGAAGCUUUUGGAAGAGAGUGAAUUCAAAUAUCGGGCUGGUGUCGUAGGACUGUUGUGUACACUGCUCUCCGCUGAAGGGGAGCUGGAGAAGGCGUCUAAACUCUUCCACGAUGUGUACGAGCAUUACAAAGACGACAAAGAGGCACUUGGCGUACUCCGCGAAGUGUGGCGUGCCGCGGCAGAAGCGCACGCUCGGGCCGGGGACACCGCCGCCGCCGCCGGAGCCCUGGAGGCUUUGGCGCGCGCGGCACCGCAGGACACGCGGUCUCUAGCGCGCCUCGUGAAGGCCCUCGCCGCGCUGCAGCCGGCGCGCGCCCGCCUGCUGGCCGCCUCCCUGCCCGCCCUCACGCACCGCGAGGCAAAAAUCGAUAUAGACGCCCUAGAAUCGUCGAAAUGGAUGAUGGGGGCAAAGGUGGUCAAGAAAACUGUUAGCAAACAAGAACAAUCGCCUGGUACCCCUGGCUCUGAACUCGGCACAAAGAAGAAUACAAGACGCAAACGCAAAACUAAGUUACCACCCAAUGCUGAUCUGUCCAAACCACCGGAUCCAGAGAGAUGGCUACCCAAAUACGAGCGUACGGCGUACAGGAAGCGGCGCGGCGUGCGGCGUGACGUUAUCAAGGGCAGCCAGGGCAUGUCUACCACAGCCACCGAUCAAUACGACAUGAGCAAACAGCAGCCUACCGCCGCCGCGGCCACAGCGGCUAAGAGUCCGCGCGUCGAGCCCAAGCAGCAGGAGAGCGCGUGGCAGCGCAAGCAGCAGCAGAAGAAAAAGGGGAAAGGUCGCAAGUGGUAGACAAUAAAACCUUUUUCUAAUAUACUAAUCGUAGUUUUAUUUUCCGUCAAAAAUGUUAAUCCUACUGAUAUUGUGAUGUGAAAGUUUGUAUGUUUGUUAAAAACCACUGAACGUAGGUAUUUAGAUGAAAUUUGGAGCGCGUAUAGUUUACAGCCCGGAUUGAGACAGGAUAUUUUUUAUCCCGGAAAUAUGCCAUGUUCUUGUGGGAUUCUAGAAAAAACUUAAGUAAAUACGCUGUAAUAAAUAUUUCAUUCCCUAAGUAAGCACGUAUAAAUAUAAUAAAUAUCGUUUUGUUGACAUAUCAACUUUACAACAACCUUGGAUUCAACAUCACGAGCAGAAUCGUUGCUAAAAACUCUCCUAAUGAUCGCGGAGCCUAAAAGAAUAAAGGGCCAUUAUUUCAAUUCAGUAUUCGUCACCAUUAUUGACUGCAUAAGUUUGUAUGAAAAAUCUUAUUCCUGGAGUUAAUAGAUUUUAAAACUUGGUUGAAUGAUCGCGUAGCCAAAAAGAGUAUAGGGCCAGCAGCAACCGCCCACCGCGGCCAAGUCCGCGUGUCGAGCCCAAGCAGCAGAAGAGGGCGUGGCAGCGUAAGCAGCAGCAGAAGAAAAAAAAGGGAAAAGGCCGCAAGUGCUAGACAAUAUAAACUUUUUGCAAUAAACGAACCGUCGUUUUCUUUCCUGUCUAAAAUGUUAACGAUAAUUAUUUCUUUCCCUAGAUAAGAAACGUUUUGUAGACAAACCGCGACUCCAUCUGCGUGAAAAAAAAUGGUUUCCGAUCAACGAUAUUAAAUACCCUAGAUACACCAAAACGAACAAAAUCGUGCCCAAAACCUGUCCAAAAGGUACAUUGGACGAUCCACGGAGCUUUAUAAAAUAAUCGCAUAGUCAAAAACAAUAUGAGGCAAUAUUUGAACAUUUAAUGUCACCUUUAAUGCAUACUGUAUAUAGUCUUAAUUAAAACGCAUGCGUCAGAGUUAUGACAGUUCAAAAUGCAAGCUUGUAAAAUUUUACGAUUAAUUGCUAUAUGCGGAAGAAUAUAGAGCUUUUUUUUUUUUUUUUGUUUCUACGUGCAAUUCUGGAUGCGCUGUUAGCAAUAUAGCAGGUACGGACCGCGAGGAAAACGGCUAUAUUACCCGACCAUGCAUGAAUAUCACAAAUAUUUUCUUAUAAAACAGUUUAUAGUAAGUAUUAGAACAAAAUUUGCUUCAAAAGCGUUAAAUUAACAAACGUUGAAUUUUUUUUUUUAAUGAAACGAAGUGCUUGACUGGUGUUCAAGCAGUUCUUGAUUGGGACACAUUUUGAGUGCACGUGGUGUAUCUAGGGUAUUUAAAUAUCGUUAUUUCCCAUACACACUUUCACCCCCUCAAAGGGGGAUUUCUAGGAUAAAAACUAUGCUAUUUCCUUUCCCAAGACUCAAACUAUCUCUGCACCAAAUUCCAUCUAAAGCGGUUUAAACGUGAAGAGGUAAAAGACAGACGCAUCUUCGCAUUUAUAUUAUUAGUAUGAAUACCAAAAACCUAAGAUUCAACGUCACAAGCAAAAUCGUGGCUUUAAACUCUGUCCUAAAAGUACCUACAUUGGAUGAUCGCGUAGUUGCCUUAAAUAAUAUAGGGCAUUAUUUCAAUUUAAUGUUCAAGACACCAUUAUGGCCGAGACUACUGUCUGCGGAGAACAAAAGUCCCUGAAUCGUGAAAAAAAUGAAAGCCUUGUCACGGACUCAACACACCCGUUGCUGCGUCUAGUCACAUGAUAUCAAUUUGUUUUUUGGACAGCCCCGUACUUAUGUACGGUCUGAUCUUUCAGAGCCUUAGGUUGUUCGGAGGACUUUUCAUGUGCAGUACUUUUAUUAGUCAGUACACAAAUUACACAGUAAAUAUUAGAGACAUGAAAAACAUGUCAUUUCAUUUGUUAUUAUAUGCAGUUUAUAUAAAACUUAAUGAACAACUAUUUGGUGAUUAGGUAUUUUGACAGUUGCUGACAUCGUUGACACGUGGAGGGUAAACAGAGAUGUAGCCUGUUUUGUGCAUGAGAGUGAGAGACUACUUUAGUGCGCUCUAUUGGCGGCUGUUUGGGGGGGGGGGGGGGGGACUACUUCUACCAUUUUAAAAUGAAAUACUGUUGGUGGGUCUUAUUAUAAGUCAUUGACUGAAUGGAAUAGAAGCGAUUUUUUUACGAAAUUGUGCAU